AUGUAUGCCUCCUAUUUCAAUCGGGAUUUCUCCUCAUCACCUAUUGGCAAGCUCCCUGUAGAGCUCUUGUCAGAGAUAUUCACACUCUGCUCUCUCCCUUCUGGCCAACCUAGUCCAAUUUCAGAUGACGAGGGUUCCUAUCUACCUGUGAUAAACUCAGAGACGGUCCGGGCACCUUUCAUACUAUCUAGGGUCAACCGUCGAUGGCGAGAUAUUAUACUCAGCCAAUCUAGCCUAUGGGCCAGCCUGUGCAUCACUGCAGAGCUAAUACAGGAAACCGACUGCAGAGGGAAGGGUAGCUCAACGAAAUUGAAGACUGCUCACAUUGCAUCCUCUCUUCAACGAUCUCGAAGAGCUCCUCUCAAUAUUCUUAUUGAUGCAAGGGACCCUGAAUGGAAUUUUUCGGAGGCUGGAGUUGGUCCAGAUGAUGCAGAUGGCCCUCCAAUCCCUACACUUUUUUCACCCGACCAUAUGGCAAUUGUUAUGUCACUUCUUGUACCCCACCUCUCUCGAUGGAGACACCUCACCAUCCUCACCGAUACAUGGGUACCUAUGCACGUCGCCCUUUCUGCUAUCAACCCUGCUAUAACUUCAUUAGGAGCACCUUGUCUGGAGUCCCUCACCCUGAUGCGAUGUAACGAUUUUGUCAGCUUCUCUCCCCAGUUUGAGCCACGCGACCUGAAGACUCCUGCUUUCCUGUCACCGCUCAGCCCUGAUGCCGCAUGCCAGGACCUGUCCAUCCUUCCAAAAUUGAAGCAACUCUCCCUUCGAGGCGUCCACGUUGACUGGGAUUCACUCGCUGCUGCGAUGAGAAGCUCAGUAGUCGGCCUGUCGUCGCUCGAACUGGCAUCACAUUGCUCAGAUGUUAGGCCUUCGAAUGAUCAAUUUCAUUCAUUGCUUCAAUCCGUUCCCACCCUCCAACGACUCGUUAUUACCGGCUCUGGACCAGAGAUACCUGAGGAAAUGGAAGAUGCCCCUCCAGAUCACGACCCUGUUCCGCUUCAUCAUCUACAAAACAUUACUAUCGGAUAUCGCACCGCUUUGGAAGGCCGCACCGUCCUUCAGCAACUCGACGCACCAAAUGUGAAGACUCUUAGUCUAGAAGAUGCGACUUACCCUGGAGACCCCGAAGAAAUUAACGGAGGAAGCUUGCUGGCAUAUGUCGGGUGCCGAAAAUUCAAGGGCAACGAUUCCGAAUUUCGCCUCGAAUACCCUCCUCCUCAAUUAGCGGUAGCCUCGGGGAGCAAGUCAAGCACAAUGAUCCACCGCCGAAGGUCUUCGACCGUUUUACAAUCUCAAGAAUCCAAUGCAGCCUUCCCAUUACUUGAAAAUGUCACUCUCAAAUGUGUAAAAUCGUCACCAUGGCCACUACGCACUUUUUUCAAUGCCCUCCCCAAGCUUCAGCAUUUGGAGCUAAUUGGUAUGUCGAUGCAAGCUGUGCAAGCCCUGGUUCCCUCUUCUCCUGGCUCCAUGCCGACUUGCCCCUGCCCUCAACUCCGUUCGUUAUGUAUCAGGGACUCCGAGCAGCUGCAAGUCUGUGACCUUGAUUUCAUCAUCGGAAACCUAGGACUCGAACGCCAAAGCAAGGGCGCAUGCAGACUCAGCGACGUAGAGCUUCAUCUCGACUCUGCCCGCGCAGCGUGUGUCGCUGCUUCGCCUGGCUCACCAGGAACGAGAGUGAACAUUUAUAGUGACGACGAGGAUGACAGUGAUGAUGAUUGUGACUAUAUGGGCGAUGAAGAUGAUAUGGAUCUCGAUCCUUUCAGCCCUGGAGGAGCAUUUAACGAUCCCGUCUUUGAUAGCUACUAUUCACAUCAGAUUUUAUCUCAAUAA